UGGACGCGGCUCCUCUGCUCGGGUCCGGCGGGGACAGGGGUCUGCAGCGUUAGUACCAGUUGGUGCUGGCGAUCAGGUAGCGGGUGUCGUCCAGCGGGCACUGCGGCGGUGCUGGCUCCGCGCUGGGCUGAGGGUCUGGCGGCGGCUGCGGCGGCUGGGGGGUGGCUUGGGGACCGGGCCCCGCGGCCGGACCGGUGCCGGGCCCCGCGGCCGGGGGUACCUCCCCCUCCCUGCGGGGCCCGGUGCUGCCCGUGCCGCCGGGGCCCGGCGCCGGCCCGCCCGCACCCCGCUGCUCCGCCAUGGCGCUGAGGGGAGCCGGAGCCGGCCGUUAGCGGCUGAGGGGAAGCCCCGCCCGCCGUCCCGCUCGCGAGGGCGGGGUGAUGCAGCACCUCCCCGCGCGUCGCGCCGGAUGCGGCGUAGAACCGCCAUGAGGGGAUGCGCGGCGCUGCUCCGGGCGGCCGCGGCCGGGCCGGGGCCAGGAGGGUUUCGGGAGCGCUUCGAUUUCGGCGGCCGCGAUGUGGCCACCUGGUUCCCGGGGCACAUGGCGAAAGGCUUGCGGCAGAUGCGGGCCUCCCUGCGGCGCGCCGACUGCCUCAUCGAGGUGCACGACGCUCGCAUCCCGCUGUCGGGCCGUAACCCCAUUCUGCACGAGGUGCUGGGCAUCCGCCCCCACAUCUUGGUGCUGAACAAGAUGGACCUGGCUGAUCCCGGCCAGCAGCCGACAGUCUUGGAGCACCUGAAGCAACAGCGAUGCUCACACGUUGUCUUCGCUGACUGCCAGCGUGAUGUCAAUGUCAAGAAGAUUGUUCCCCUGGUUGCCAAGCUGGUGGACAACAGCCCUCGCUACCACAGGGCUGAGAGCACUGAGUACAGCAUCCUAGUGAUCGGCGUGCCCAACGUGGGCAAGUCCUCGCUCAUCAACUCCCUGCGGAGGCUGCACCUCAAAAAGGGUAUUUCUCCAUGGCGGCUGGCCUUGGGGAGGAGUCUCUGCUGGGACAGGGUGUCACUUGCUUGUCUGACUGUUGUCUCUCCCAAAGGGAAAGCCACUGCUGUUGGUGGUGAGCCUGGUGUCACUAAGGCAGUGCUGACCAGAAUCCAGGUCUGCGAGAAGCCCCUGAUGUACCUGGUGGAUACUCCUGGCGUGUUGUCACCGAAGCUGGGCGAUGUGGAGACGGGCAUGAAGCUGGCACUAUGUGGAGCCAUCCGUGACCACCUAGUUGGGGAAGACAUCAUGGCCGACUACCUCCUGUAUGCCCUGAACAAGCGGCAGCAGUUCAGGUAUGUGCAACGUUAUGGGCUGGCUGACGCCUGCGACGACAUUGAGCUUGUGCUGAGGCACGUGGCCCUCACCAAGGGCAGGAUGCAGAAGGUGAAGGUGUUGACGGGCACAGGAAAUGUCAACAUGAUGAUGCUCAACUACCCCGCUGCUGCCUACGAGUUCCUGCGGGAUUUCCGGGCAGGACGCCUGGGCAGGGUGACACUGGACUGAGACCUGUCCCAUGGGGGAAGAGAGGCACCACCUGCAGCUGCAUGGGCUGGGGACACUUCAGCAUGGAGCUUUGGUGUGAGAUUAAAGCGGCUCUGCCAGGGCAGCCCCCAGUUUCAGACCUUGGGCUGCUGCAGGGGGCCAGAGGGACGGAAUCCCUGUGGUGGGGGUGAGGAGUUGCCCCAAGGUGUCCCUGUGCUGGGCAGUGGUUGCUGUGGGGAAAGGAGUCCUGGGUGCUGCCUCCAGCCAGGACAAAACCUCUGAGGAGCUGUUUCCUCACUGUGGCCUUGGCUAUCCCAAAAUAAAACCUGCAUGCGCAGGGUGCUGGGGCCACCUCAGGGUGCCCAGCCUGAGCCCCUCACCCUGCAUCCAGCCA